AUGAAGAUGUUUAUUGCACUGCUUGGUGUUGUCCUUUCCGCGAUGGCCCAGUAUCGGUGGACCAUUUUCGACCAGGAACACUUGAAGCUCUGCUCCGACAGUUACACCUGCGGUGGACGGCAGCACACGAUGUGCUAUCAGCCGAACGUGACCCACGCGAGGUGCCAAAAAUUCGCCCCGAUAGUGUUGGGCGAAGAAAGCAUCAAGAGCUUCAUGAUGGGCCACAACGGACUGCGGAAUAAGGUGGCUACGAACCCGAGGCUGCCGGCUACGGAUAUGCAGUUUUUGCACUGGGAUCAAGAUCUGCAGGCCAUGGCCGAACGCUGGGUGCGUCAGUGCAUCGUAGGAUACGACGAUUGUGAUUUCAUCGGAAACCCUACCCAUCCCAUCGGUCAAAACGUGUUCUUCCACCCGAAACCACCGCUGAAGCACUGGGAAGCACUUGCCCUGAGUAGUUGGUUCAACGAGAAGCGGAAACUAGGUAACGACUUCACCGUGGGAAGUCUGCGAAAGGAGGAUGCUUCCAACUACACGCAACUCGUCUGGGCGACCACUCAGUUCGUUGGCUGCGGUGCGGCGGAAAUGUUCGGUGGCCAUCUGGUAGUCUGCUACUACUACCCCAGGGGAAACAUUCCGGGCCAGCCGGUCUACCGUGUGGGCCACCGGCCGUGCAUUGACUGCCCCGAGGAGCGAGCCUCCUGUUCGCAUGUGUUCCGCGGACUCUGCGGAAUCGACGACCGACACUCCGCCGGGCGACCAAUCCGCGGGGCCAAUCCGUGGCCAUCGUUCACCGUGGCUAUCGCCCUGCUCACCGGCGUAUUGACCAAGCUCAUCACGUCCUGUGAGCGUUGGUGA